AGCUAUAUAUAAACACAACUUCAAAGUAAAGCCAACCAACUAUGAAAUUAGUGUACCCCUUUUCUUUUGAUCAACUCAUUUAAUGAAUACAACUUUUGUGAUAUGGAACUAGAACUUGGCCUUGCUAUUUCAAAUUGUAACCAUUUUCCCAUCAAUGCAAUCACGAGUUAUAGGAAGCAUGGUUUUGAUGAUAGCUUCUCCGAUAUGAAGAUGAAGAUGAAGCAAAAGCGAUGUUUUGAAGAGGCCUUUCAUGAGGAUGAAGGAGUAGUUGAACGUAAGACGUUGUCUUUGUUCAUAUGGAAUGGCCAACCAAAUGAAGAUGAUGAUAACCAUGGAAGAAACAAGAAACCUUUUAAUGCCACUUGUCACAAGGAUUUUGAGGAAGAAAGUCUUAAACUUCUUGGUUGGCCACCAAUUAACACAUGGAGAAAAAAACAAUUUCAUCAUCAAGGUCAUGCAGGUUGGAUUACAAAUGAUAGAAACAAUAACAAUAAUAAUAAUAAUAAUGUUAUUGUUGGAGGAAGAAACUCUAUGUAUGUAAAGGUGAAGAUGGAAGGGGUGCCUAUAGGAAGGAAGGUUGAUCUAAGGCUCUAUCAUUCUUAUCAACUUUUUACCCAAAAUUUACUUCAAAUGUUUGCAAAAUAUCAAAAUAGUGGAAAAAAUAGUACACGCUUUACAAUCUUGUACCAAGACAGAGAAGGAGACUGGAUGAUAGCUGGAGAUGCACCAUGGAAAACAUUCGUGGAGACUGUUCAAAGAAUUGAGAUACAAAAGAAUGAGAAAUGAGGGAAUUAGAUGCUCUAGAAAUCAUGUGCUUAUGGAGUAGCAUGGACAAGUUAUGGAGUAGCAUGGACAAGUGUAUCUUAGAUCUAAGUUGCGGUAUCUAUAGUAGAAAAAAUAGUCUUUAUUAAUUAGAUUGUUAUAUGUCACAAUUAAGUUGUUAUAUAUAUAUAUAUAUAUAUAUAUAUAUAUAUAUAUGCUACGUAUGUCUAGUAGUUUUCCUGCAAAGAGUAAUGUGUACAUCAAGGUCAUGUAAUAUAAUAUAUAGUUUUAUA